AUGAAUCAUAUUUUCAGCACCCCCUUCCCUUUGCCAACACCUUUCUUCCCUGGACCCACAGCACCCCCUUCCCACUGCUCUCCCCCCCUUCUCCCCCAAUCCACCCCCUUCCAUUUGCUUUAUCCCCCCCUCCCCCCUUCCUCCCUGGACCCUCAGCACCCCCUCCCUUUGCUGUUCCCCCUCCCCCCAUCAUCUUCCUACCUGGACCCUCAGCACCCCCUUCCCUUUGCUCUCCCCCAAGCCCCAAUCAUCUUCCUGCCUGGACCCUCAGCACCCCCUUCCCUUUCCUCUCCCCCCAGCCCCCAUCAUCUUCAUCCUCGGACCCUCAGCAACCCCUUCUCUUUGCUCUCUCCCCCCUCCCCACCAACAUCUUCUUCCCUGGACCCUUAG